AUGAGCGACUCAUCGAGACUUACUGAACUCGCAAAGCAAAUCGCAGAUAACACGAAGAUUGUAGACGAAUACACACGAGCAAACGGCAUUUCAUUGGGCUUCUCCGUCGAUUCUACCGCGGCGUUUCCCAGCGAUGCGCCAGCGGAAGUGUUGGAGGCGAGGAGGAUUGUCAAGGAGGCGACGCAGGAAUUGAAUGAUUUGGUGACGGGCCCGGCGGAGCAUUUGCGGUGGUUGGCUUGUCGGUACCACGAUCUCUCAAGUCUGCGAUGGAUCUACCACUUCAACCUCUUCUCGCACGUCCCCUUGGACCAAGCGAUCACAUUCGAGGAAUUGGCCAGCAAUGCAGGGGUUGAUGCAGUCCAAGCGAAACGCAUUCUCCGCCACGCAAUGACAAACAACAUCUUCCACGAACCCUCAGCCGGCAAAGUCGCACACACGGCGGACUCGGCACUCCUCGUCCGUGAACGCGGUGUGCGAGACUGGGUAGGCUACACGACGGAGGAGAGCUUUCGAAAUGCUGGCAAGUUGGUGGAGGCCACAGAGAAAUGGGGAUCUUCAAAUCGAUUCGAUCAAUCAGCGUAUCAAGUAGCGUGGGAUACUGACCUGCCAAUGUUCGAGCAUUUGGGGAAGUUUCCUGAGCGAGCAGAGAGGUUCGCGAAUACAAUGACCGAUAUGACGAGUACGGACGGGUAUAAUAUUCGACAUCUUGUGAAUGGUUUCGCGUGGGAGUCGCUUCCUGAAGGGAGUACGGUUGUCGAUCUGGGCGGAUCUGUAGGGCACGCGUGUGUCGCUAUCGCGGAGAAGGCGCGAAGCCUGCAAUUCGUCGUACAGGAUCGUCCGGAGAUUGUUUCGCAGGGCGAGAAGCAGCUGGAGGAAAUCUCUGACGAACAGAUUCGAAAUCGGAUCAAAUUCCAGGCUCAUGACUUUUUCACGGACCAGCCGGUCCACGGCGCAGCUGUAUACUUGAUGAGAUUCAUCCUACACGACCACCCGGACUCAGAGGCGGUCGACAUCCUGCGAAAGCUCGUACCGGCUUUGAAGAAUGGAAGCCGGAUAGUCAUCAUGGACGGCGUGAUGCCCGAAGCGAACGUCCUCCCCAAGAGCGAAGAACGAACCAUGCGAAUCAUGGACUUGGAGAUGAUGACGACCUUCAACGCCAAGGAGCGCGAGAGGGCUGACUGGGAGCAUCUUUACUCCGUGGCUGACAUGAGGCUGAAGCUGAAGAGCGUUGAGAGGCCAGUGGGGAGCGCGCAGUCCGUGAUGGAGGUCGUUUUCGAGGACGAGAAAGCUGCGUUGUGA